UUAGUCCAGUACCCUUUCCUGCAACGGGGUUGGAGUUGUGGGUUAGUACUUCGCUAAAUUUAGCUCCUUCCUAAGAAGUCGUCGUAAACAAGGUGGCGACAUGAAGAGGCUGGAUAUUUUUUUGCUGUGUGCUACCGUCAGUUUGUACAAACCACACGAAGUUUGUGGAGGAGAUUGUGUUGCAGAAACUCUGAGCGAGGUCGAUGCGAGUUUCUGUCACGGGGGAUUGGAGGUGAUUUAUCCUGACCUGAAGAUCAGCCCGUGUAGUAUUAUCCCACGUGGACAGAGCCUGAGGGAUAAGAUGACCGGGGAAUGGGGACCUCCUCAGGUGCGACUGACAAACGCUGAAGAGGGGAAGAGGUACGCUCUGAUGAUGGUGGACCCGGACGCUCCGAGCCGCUGCAGUCCCACCCUCGGCCACUGGAGGCACUGGCUGGUCGCGGACAUUGCGGGAAGUGACCUGAAGAAAGGUGAUCUCAAAGGCUUGGUUCUGUCUGAAUAUCGCCGCCCAACCCCCCCAAGAAGCACUGGUCUCCAUCGCUACCAGUUUAUGUUGUUUGAGCAGCCGGCCGACAAGACCCUUAGCCUCAGCCAAGAGGAGUCCUCCUCUCUCGGGAACUGGGAUCCACAGGCAUUCAUCCAGAGGUUUGGCCUGGGGAGGCCACUGGCCUCUGUGCAGUUCCUCACACAGAACCCCAAGGACUAGCAAGAGAAACCUGGCUGACAUCACCCCCCGUGACCGAUGACCUCUGAUCUCUGACUCACACCCAGAGUCAGCAGGGUAUAACCCUGCCACAUGUUUACUGGUGUGUGUCAUCUGUGCACCAGAAAAGCAUGGUAGACAGUUCUAUGUCAAUGCUUAAUGAGGAGACCGCUGCUUUCUGCUUUACUGAACUCUAUGCUAUAAUUUUAUGUGGCAUACUUGUCGCUUCAUGAGGUUCCAAGAGCAAUUGUGUUUCUAGAAAUGACUGUAUCUCACAAGCACUAGCUGUUUAGAAAAUGUUUUGGGACCCUGGGUCUAAAUAGCAUGUUAUGCUGUUAUGGACAUGCUAUACAAUGCUUGGAUCUUUGCCCCUUGAUUGCCAUGAUUGUGCAGGUAUUGUGUGUUUUGAAUAUGCUUAAACUAUGUGCUAUAUAAAAUGGAUUCGGUGUAUUACCCUCAGUGGAAUCAUAAAAAUAAGCCUUUGUCUGAGAGGUAAUGUUGAGUCUGCAGUAGUGCAUUCUUAAAUUCUGCUGUCAUUUUUCCUUUAGAUUCUUUGAUCCUCCCUGACUGUAUUUCUCAUUGAUUAAGAUUCAUUGGGCUGUUUGGUUUCAUCGGGAUGUCUGUCUUUUCACUGUUGUGUGUAUCACUGUAUUACUGAAGUAAUGUAUUAUCGUAGGGCAGUGUCACUGUAAUCAGCUCCAAGCUGCAUAUUUCGCCAAACUCUAGCAAUAAACAGCAUACUAAAAUUA